AUGGAUCAAGGUAAUGAAUCAUCAUCUGCUGCUGAUUCUUCCGAUCCGAUGAAGAAUAUUACUCAGAAAUUUGUAACGAUGGAUGUUAUUGGAUCAUCGAUAUUUCCAUUGAAACAUUCGUGUAGGGACCUAUUCUGGAAACUUCAUGAUAAUGCGUUGAUUUGGGAUCAUUCGAUUAUACCUUUCCCGGAUGUGUUGUCAUGCAAGUUUUUAAAGUUUGUUGGAAAAUUGGUUGAAAAUGGAGUGAGUGAUGAUAAUUUGAUUGAUUCAACGGAUUCUAUUUAUGAAUUGUUUAAAACAGCUCUACAAUCGAUUUGUGAUUUAACUUUGAUUAAGAAAGUUUCACUUAGCCGUCUGAUACAAUCCAAAUAUAAGAAUAUGGAUUAUACAAUGUUUGUCAUGAAGCUUUUACCAAAUAUUGAGGAAUUAUACUUGAAUAUUUCAUAUAGCAACAAUUUGGCUAUAUUUCAACCUAACCAAUUCUUGUGGAAUAAUUUGCAACAUUUAACUGUUGGUGAUUACAAAACACUUUACUUUUUUGUCACUAAUGCAAAACAUUUAGAGUUGAAAUUGAAAACUAUUAGGUUUUAUGCAGCAAGGAAAAAGAGAGAAGCUAUAGAAUUGAUAACUAAUCCUCAAUAUUUAUUGGAAGAAUAUUUGGAAAAGAUUGAAAUGACUUCUAAUAUUGGAUUUGCAGAUUUUGAAUAUUUGAACAACUCCUUAUCAGAAAAGAAAAAAUCCGUAUUUACAUUUUUGAGAGUUUCUAAUGACUAUAGUCUUGGUACCCCAAUCCAAGAUGGAAAAUUUAUUGAAGCCAUGCUGCUUCUAUCCUCUUUCUCUAAUCUCAGGCAAUUAUACAUUAACGGAUCAAAGAGUAUUGAAAAAAUGGAACUAUCAGGGAAUUUCAAUGAGCUGAUUGAUUUAACAGUACGGACCACUCAUACUGAUAGGGUUGUGAGUUUCAGCCAGGACUUUUAUGCACCAAAAUUGAAAAAUCUUUGUAUAUCAGGUUGUAAACUCAUACUCCACUCAAGUACCAAAUUAGCAAGGUUAAGAUACCUCUUAAUGGACACUGUGAUCAUUGACAGCAGCUUUACCCUUGAUAAAUUUCCACUCUUAUCACAAUUUACGUAUUCCCUCAAUCCUUGCCUUACGAAUUACCCACCUGUGUGGAGUAUUAGCUUGGCAUUUAAUAAUAUGAAACACUUGAGACAAUUGUACCUUUCUGAUAUCAACAAGGUGGAUGUUUCUGAUUGUCCAGAAUUGAAACUUUUUAAAAUUACAAAGCUACAAGAAGCUAAUGUGUACUUACCAAACAAUUGCCUCUCCUAUUUCAAAUUUGACCAGGUGGCACAUUGUAAUGUAACAAUUGAUGAGUGCGAGAGCUUAUAUAUGAUAUAUGGUCCUUCUCACACAAUCAACAUUAAUAGAGUUAGAUCAUUUACAAAUGCUUCAACCAGCAUGUAUGGAACAUAUACGGAUGGUCCAAAUGUAGUAAUCAAGCAGAUAGAUUGGAUGAAUUACAGAACUUCCUCUACUCACCAUGAAGCAAUGUUCAAUAGUAUUCAAAAUAUUGACAAGCUAGUAAUUCAAAGUGACUCUCAUGCAAGUGGAUUUACUAACUUUUUCUGCUCCUCGGUUUAUGAAAACUUUAUUCAGGAGCACAUCUCUAAAAAAGAUACAUUGCUUUUGAAUCAGUCUAUUUACCAUGGAGACGUAUGUAAGGUUCCAGAUAUUCCACUUAAAGAACUUUCCAUAGAUACAAAUUGUACAGUAGUCAAACCACCACAAAAUAUGGAUUCCAUAACUCAUUUCAAGCUAUCAAAACAAGGAAGCAGAGAUUACUGGAUAACUUUUAAAGAAAUUCAAAAAUUAUCCAACUUGACAUCUUUAUCUCUACGAGGAUUUACCGACUUGAAUAAGACUGAAUUCAAAUAUCUCAAAAAUAUUCUUCUUGAGAGUUGUGGAGUUUGCACAAUUGAAUUGAGUUUACUGCCAUCCUUAGAAGAGUUAGUAGUAUUUGGACCGAAAACCAGUUUGACUCUAAACUCAAAAGCAGGUUAUAUGUGGAAUAAUAUCAAAUUGGUGAACAUUUACUGCAUCAAAGAGUUGAACCUCUCUGCAAAACAAAUAGAAGCACCAAAAUUGAGAGAAUUCGUUAACAAUAUCAACACAACACAACAAUUACUCUGUGUUCCAAACUCCAAGUUACGAUACAUUUUGGAUACGAGCACACUUGAGGAAGCCUCUAAUUAUGUUCGGAAUGUGAUUUUCAAAACUAAUAUAAUAUCACAAAAUUAUUUAAAUAAUCCAAGGACUGGUCUACAACUAUACAAUGAAAAGCAAAAUAAGCAAAUGUUUUUACCAUUGAAAUAUAUUCCAUCCUUUAAUACAUUAUUUCAUGGAGGCAUUCCGUUGAAUAUGAUCACUGAAAUUGUUGGAGCAACAACAUCAGGUAAAUCAGAAUUUUGUCUUUCCGCUGUUAGUGAUUUAUUGAUGGAGUUUGAUAAGUUUGGUUGUGUUAUUUUCGACACUGAAGUUAAACAAGCAAAUAUUUUCCAAAGAAUAUAUUUCAUGAUGAAGAACAGAAAUCCUGAUAUGAGCGAAUCAGAAAUUGAAGAAAGAAUUCUGAAGAAGUGUACAAUAAUUCAUGUUGCCAGCUCCAAAGAGUUGAUAGACAGUUUAGACAAUUUGGAAGAAUUCAUUUUCGAGAAGAAUAUUAAAUUAAUUGUUAUUGAUUCACUGGCAACAUUAUCAACAAAGGAAUUUCAAGGGAAAGAAGGUGGAGCUUUUGAAAGAGCCAGUAUUCUCCAAACAGAGGCUACACUCCUUAAACAAUUGAACGAAAAGUUCAAGGUGGGUGUACUUGUAACAAAUUCCCUUUCAUCCUCAGAUGAAGCUCAACUUGGUAUUAAUUGGUACCACUUUGUGAAUCAUAGACUCAAAAUCUACAAGAUUGGUGAAUCCAAAGCAAUUAUCAAUAUUGUAAAAUCCUCAAUUGCGAACAAUGUAAAUAUUCAUGUAAAUAUGGCUGAUCUUGGUUUACAAGAAGUGGAAGACAUGACCCACUGA